AUGAAGGAAUUAUUUGAAAAGUAUUGUGCAGUUACCAUAAAUGCUCCUAUGGGCGAACAUGGUCCACAAAUGACACGACAUAUCUUUUGGAGAAAACGAUUUAUUGAACAAGGGCUUCAUUUGAACACUGCGGAAUCUGCUAAUGACACUAUAGCAACUUCUAGAGUCGAAACCAGUGAUGCACCAUCUUCGUCAAAGGAGAUCAUGACAAGCGGUGAUAUUAUAUCAACUAUCAACAGAAUUUAUGACGAUCCAGAAUCAAUCACUCGUCAUUUGUUUGAUUUCUUACGCUCUCCAAAUGAAGAUGAUGAUUUACAAGGCGAACUUAUCGAUUUACUUGGAUUUGAACAGUUUGACUUAGUCACUAAAAUCUUGUCAUCAAGGCAAAAGCUAUUGGACUGUUAUAAUUCGGUUCGUCAGGAUGUUGCUCGAAGUACGAAACUGGAGAAAAUAUUGCAAAAAUCACAAAAGCAACGGGAACAGCCGUCGUAUUGUCAGCAGGUAACAGUUCAGUCAAGUGCCGACAUGAACGUACGCAAAAUGACAAGGCGAGAGCAGAAACGUGCAGCUAAACAAUUAAGUAAAAUUACGCAAAAUUUAACCGAAGAUGAAAAGCUUGAGUUGGAACGAGCCCAGAACGAUAUGCUGAAGGAGAGAUUUCGAGAUCUGGAGGCAGAACGGCGGUUGGAAACACUGCAUGAAAAUAGGUCAACUGUUCCGCGUGAACGUUUUCCAUAUGUAUACGAUGCAUUAACUGAAUCCGACCAUAUUUUUAUCACUAUCGACGGCUUAAAGCGAUGUUUACCAGCUAACUCUUCCCGUGCAGUUCGCGACACUUAUGAAGAGAUUUAUGUUCCUGCAGCAGACAGAUCUCGGAUUACGGGGGUGCACCAGAUAAAAAUCGAGGAUUUUGAUGAGUUAGGAAAAAAGUGUUUCAACGGUUUUGAAAAGCUUAAUGUCAUUCAGUCGUUGGUGUUUACGCAAGCUUACAAAUCACAAGAAAAUUUGUUAAUUUGCGCUCCAACGGGUUCUGGGAAAACAAAUAUUGCACUGUUGGCAAUUUUGAACACGAUACAUAGCUACAUGGAUAAUGGAGUGAUUUGCAAAAAUGAUUUUAAAGUUAUUUACAUCGCACCAAUGAAAGCGUUGGCAACUGAAAUGACAGCGAAUUUUGCUAAGCGACUAGCUCCAUUAAAUUUACGUGUGCGUGAACUAACCGGUGAUACAACAUUAUCAAAGAAAGAAAUUGCUGAAACACAGAUGCUUAUUCUAACUCCUGAAAAAUGGGACGUUGUGACGAGGAAAGCUAUUGAUGUACCACUUACGGAAAUGGUACGGCUACUAAUUAUUGAUGAAAUCCAUUUAUUACACGAUGAUCGAGGACCUGUGAUUGAAACCAUUGUUGCGAGAACGCUUCGACAGGUCGAAAUGAGUCAGCAAGGUGUUCGAAUUAUCGGACUUUCUGCCACACUACCCAAUUACACCGAUGUUGCAAGAUUUUUGCGUGUAAACCCCCACAAAGGAAUGUUCUUCUUCGACGGUCGCUUCCGGCCAGUUCCACUUUCACAAACUUUUAUUGGCGUUCGUAAUCCACGAACUACAGGACCAGAUCUGAUGCGUGAAAUGGACGAGGUAUGUUAUGAUAAAGUGCACCAGUUUGUGAGCAAAGGGCAUCAAGUUCUUGUUUUCGUAACUGCACGAAAUGCCACCACAAAAUUAGCUAUAACCUUCCGAGAUGAAGCUGCCAAGAAGGGAGAAUCAAAUCAUUUUUUGCCAGCAAGUAUUGGUUCACCCCAGUACGUUAAUGCAAUGAAAUCGGUGCAAAAUUGUCGGAUUGGUAUGUUAGCGGAAUUCUUUCGCCUUGGAUUUGGUAUUCAUCAUGCUGGCUUACCGCGUCGGGAGCGUUUGAUGACUGAAAAAUUCUUCUCCAAUGGACACAUUACCGUACUUUUUUGUACUUCAACUCUUGCAUGGGGUAUCAAUUUGCCGGCACAUGCUGUUGUCAUUCGCGGCACGGAAAUCUUCGAUGUUCAGAAAGGCGAUUUUAGCAACAUGGGUGUCCUCGAUGUGCAACAAAUUUUUGGUCGAGCAGGUCGCCCACAGUAUGAAAGUUCAGGACAUGGUGUAAUUAUAACGUGGAAGAAAAGUAUGCCACAGUACUUGAAUAUGUUACUUCGUCAAACACCUAUUGAAAGCCAAUUCAUGUCGCGAAUUUACGAUAAUCUGAAUGCGGAAAUCUCUUUAGGGACAGUGUCAAGUAUAUCCGAAGCAGUUGAAUGGCUCAAGUACACAUAUUUUUUCAUUCGAGCUAAACUAAAUCCUCUUGCUUACGGAAUACCUCGAGGACAAUUAGAGCGCGACCCAGAUUUAUAUGAGUAUUUUAUUCAAAUGAUGACGGAAGCAGCUGCGAAAUUAGACAGAAAUCAAAUGAUUAGGUUUGACAGUAUAAACGGUUACGUAGCAUCAACCGAUCUGGGGCGAAUAGCUUCAAACUAUUACAUGAAAUAUGAAACAGUUGAAGUAUUUAUGAAUGGCGUGGGAGGACUAAAACUGGAAGCAUUCAUGAGCGAUGAUAUGAUACUGUCAUUAAUUGCAUCAGCAACAGAAUUUGAUCAAAUUAAGGUACGGGAAGAAGAAGCAGUGGAACUGGAGGAACUUGUUUGUACUUCCUGUCCUUUCCGUUUUAAAAGAGGUGCCUUGGCAACCGUACCUGGAAAAGUAAACUGUUUGAUCCAGGCUCAUAUUUCACGAGCAUUCAUUCGGAGUUAUUCAUUGGUUUCGGAAUCAAUGUUUGUUCAACAAAAUUGUGGACGACUGUGUCGUGCAAUGUUUGAAAUAACUUUGAGAAGAGGAUGGGCUCAGGCAGCGAAUGCAACGCUCAAUAUGGCGAAAUGUUUUGACAAACAAGUAUGGCCGUUCCAGACACCGCUGAGACAACUCGGUGAAUUUAUUCGAGCGGACUGGAUUCCAAAAAUUGAACGGAAGAAGCUUUCUCAUUAUCAACUCUUUGAGAUGAGUGCAAGAGAACUUGGAAGUAUGUUAAGUUGUGAUGGGCAGAAGAUGUAUGAAGCAGUACGCAUGUUACCGGUAAUGUAUUUGGAAGCAUCAAUCAAGCCCAUUACAAACACGAUUAUCCAAGUGGCCGUAACUUUAACGCCAGAUUUUGUUUGGCACGAACGUUUUCUUGGCUCAACUGGUGUUCAGGUUUUCUGGGUUUUUGUGGAAGAUAUCAAUGAAAAUAUGAUCAUUCAUCAUGAUCAAAUCGUGGUUAAUAAGAAAAAGGUUCGUAAUCAUGAACCACAAAAUCUCAUUUUCACAGUACCAGUCAGAGAUCAGCAAUUAACUCAUAAUUAUCAGGUUCGGGUCGCAAGUGAUCGGUAUGUAGUUAAUGAUAGUGUUGUCCCUAUUUCGAUGCAUAAUUGUGUUUUACCAUCUUCUCAUCGUCAGCAUACGGAUCUGCUGGAUUUGGAUCCGUUACCAUUAACGGCUUUAAAAAAUAAGGCAUUUCAGUCGAUUUAUAGUUUUGGGUUCUUUAAUCCAAUACAGACACAGGUUUUCCAUUGCUUGUAUAAUACAGAUCAAAAUGUUUUGAUAGGAGCACCAACAGGUUCUGGUAAAACUCUUUGUGCAGAACUGGCAAUGUAUCGUAUUUUUCGCGAGUAUCCGGCUAAAAAGUGUGUAUAUAUUGCACCGUUAAAGGCUUUAGUGCAUGAACGCGUUUCGGACUGGGACGAAAAAUUUCGAAGGCUGAAUAUUAGGACAGUUGAGCUUACGGGUGAUCACUCACCAGAUAUUCGCUGCUUGAGUCUAGCUAAAAUCGUGGUCACAACACCUGAAAAAUGGGAUGGUAUAACACGUAGUUGGGAAAUUCGUCAAUAUGUUAAAGAUGUAGCGCUUGUAAUUGUCGACGAAAUUCAUCUUCUGGGUGUUGAAAGAGGCGCCGUAUUGGAAGCAAUUAUAACAAGAUUAAAAUUAAUGGCUGGAAAAAAAGAAUCUCAAAGUCCUGUUCGUGUAGUUGGUCUUUCUACUGCUCUUGCUAAUGCAGGCGAUGUGGCAGAAUGGUUAAAUAUUGCGGAUGCUGGACUUUUCAACUUUCGACCAAACGUGCGGCCAGUACCCAUUGAGGUGCACAUUGCUGGUUUCUCAGGUCAGCACUAUUGCCCUCGAAUGGCUUUGAUGAAUCGACCAGCUUUCAAAGCAAUCAAAAGUUAUUCUCCCUGUAAACCAGCUCUGAUAUUUGUGGCAUCACGGCGUCAGACGCGGUUAACUGCAAUGGCAUUUGUUUCGCAGCUCGUUACCGAUGACGACCCACGUCAGUGGCUUCACAUGGAUAUGGAGGAGCUUGAGCAAUUGAUCAUAACACUAAAAGAUGAGAAUUUGAAACUAACGUUACCAUUCGGCGUGGGAAUGCAUCAUGCUGGUUUGCAGCAGUACGAAAGAAACAUUGUUGAACGGCUUUUUGUGGAAAAGAAGAUUCAAGUCAUGGUGGCUACAGCAACCUUAGCAUGGGGCAUUAAUAUGCCGGCACACUUAGUUAUUAUUAAAGGGACUGAAUAUUACGAUGGGAAAACUCACAAGUAUAUUGAUUUCCCGGUUACUGAUGUUUUGCAAAUGAUAGGCCGUGCUGGUCGGCCACAGUUCGAUGAUUCUGCUGUUGCUGUUAUUUACGUUCAGGAUGUUAAGAAAAACUUCUACAAACGUUUCCUCUACGAACCUUUUCCAGUCGAGUCAAGUUUACUCGCAGCAUUACCAAAUCAUGUCAAUGCAGAAAUUUACGCUGGAACCAUUGCUUCACAUCAACAUGUAAUGGAAUACAUUGCUAAUACUUACCUUUAUCGACGUCUUUUUGCAAAUCCAAGUUAUUAUGGUAUUGUCGAUACGACACCGGAAGUUUUGACUCAGUUUCUUGUGGAAAUAGUUGAUAACUGUAUUGAAGAACUUGUGCUUUCCAGUUGUAUCACCGUUAAUGAAGAAGAGCAAUCACUUAUUUCAACGCCGCUUGGAACUAUCGCAAGUGUUUACUAUCUGAAUCAUAAAACUGUGCGGUUUUUUGCUAGCUGUCUUACACCCACAGCGACAGUGGAGGAGCUUAUGAAAGUUUUAGCAGAUUGUCCAGAAUAUGAUGAAAUACCUGUUCGACAUAAUGAAGACCAAAUUAAUGGGCAGCUACAACAAAUUAUGCCGCUUAAGUUACCAGCUGAUGCUGCCUUGGAUUCUUCACAUACAAAAGCAUUUCUAUUGUUGGAGGCACAUCUAAGUCAUAUAAAGCUGAUGACAGAUUAUAUCACUGACCAGCGCUCAAUGUUAGAUCAAUGUUUCCGAAUUUUAAAUGCAAUGUUGGAUAUAAGCCUCCUGCAUAAAUGGUUGUCAACUGCUCUUUCGGUUGUUAUUUUGAUGCAAAUGAUCGCACAAGCUGCUUGGCAUACAGAUCAUCCUUUACUGGUCGUACCUCACUUCAAUGAAGACGUUAUUGAUAGAAUUGGGGCCGACUCAACGAUACCUACACUUAAAAAUCUUUUUGGCCUUGAUAAAGCGAAUGUCGAACAGACUAGAAAAAAAGCGAUCAAGAAACUUCUAGAUGUGACAGUUAUCGAUGAGCAUCAGGCAGCGGAGGCUGUUGAUGCUCUUUUGAAAUGGCCAGUACUACAGCCGAGGAACUGUGUGUUAUGUGGUGCAAAUCAGGUUUUCGAAAUCGAUUAUUUGCAAGAUGAGCGAUGGCCAAAGUAUAUGAAUGUUGAAUCAGAUACGUCAUAUCGUAUGUUAUUCACUGUCGAAUUGGUCGGCCCAUAUAGGCUCGAAACGAAUGCGUUUUGUCCACGCUUCCAUAAAAAAAAAACCGCUAACUGGAUUGUGAUUAUCGGUGAAAAAGAUACAGAUGUAGUCCUGUGCUGCAAAAAGAUACCACCGAUUACCGGUUCUAAGAAACUUAAUGUGCCAUUCAGGAUGCCCAAACGACUAGGUCGACAUAUUUUUACGGCUUUCAUGAUGUCCGAUUCUUACAUUGGCAUCGAUCAAGAAUACAACCUUCAUUGUGAAAUUAUCGAAAAGAAAGUGUCAAAAAAUUCUACAAAUGGAAAGUUGUAA